AUGUGGCCAAAUAUUAUUGCCAACGCUAAGGCUGGUGGGCUUAAUGUGAUUCAAACUUAUGUUUUCUGGAAUGGACAUGAACCCAUUCAAGGGCAGUAUAACUUUGAGGGAAGAUAUGAUUUGGUGAAGUUCAUUAAAUUGGUCCAGCAAAUGAGAAUGUAUGUAACACUCAGGAUUGGACCCUUCAUUCAAGCCGAAUGGAAUCAUGGUGGACUACCAGUCUGGCUAAGGGACAUUGAGAACAUUACCUUCCGGACUAACAACCCUCCCUUCAAGUACUACAUGGCGAAAUUUGUGAGAAAGAUUGUUGAUAUGAUGAAAGAAGAAAAGCUAUUUGCCUCACAGGGCGGGCCCAUCAUCUUAGCUCAAAUUGAAAAUGAGUACAACAUGGUGCAAGAUGCGUUCAAGGAAGGAGGCAAGAAGUACAUACGGUGGGCUUCUAACUUGGCCUUGAGCUCGGGGGCUGGAGUUCCAUGGAUGAUGUGCAAGCAGCAAGAUGCUCCUGGUCCAGUGAUCAAUGCCUGCAAUGGAAGGAACUGUGGUGACACCUGGAUUGGACCGAAUCAUCCAACUAAGCCUCUUGUCUGGUCUGAGAACUGGACAGCACAGUACCGUGUGUUUGGUGACCCACCAUCACAAAGAACAGUUGAGGAUCUUUCCUACUCAGUUGCUCGAUUCUUCUCCAAGAAUGGCACUCUUGUUAACUACUAUAUGUAUCAUGGAGGGACCAACUUUGGCAGGACUGGUUCUGCUUUUGUGGCAACACGGUACUAUGAUGAAGCACCUCUUGAUGAAUAUGGUUUGCCGAAGCAGCCCAAAUGGGGACACCUGAAGGACUUGCACCAAGCUUUGAAGCUAAGCAGGAAGGCAAUGCUCUGGGGCACUUAUAGUUUCCUGUCACAUCGAAAAGACUUUGAGGCUAGAGUUUAUGAGAUUCCAAAUAAGAAAGUGUGUGCCGCCUUCCUUACAAACACCCAUGCUACUAUAGAUACAACGGUUAAAUUUCGUGGUGUAGACUAUUUCCUACCUCACCGUUCCAUCAGCAUCCUCCCAGAUUGUAGGACUGUGGUUUUUAAUACUCAAAAGAUAAAUGCUCAACACAACUCGAGGAGCUUCACUCCAGUAGUUGAGGUCAGGAAGAAGAGAAAAUGGAAGAUGUAUAAAGAUUAUUUACCCAGAUAUCAAGAUCAAGGAAUUGUUCGUAACUAUGAACCCUUGGAACUAAUGAACAUGACCAAGGAUACCACUGAUUAUCUGUGGUAUACCACAAGCUUCCACAUUGAAGAAGAAGACUUGCCCAGAAGACAUGACAUUCGUCCCGUGCUCCAAGUGGCAAGCCUUGGCCAUGUUGUGCAUGCAUUUGUCAAUGGGAAGUACAUCGGAAAUGCACAUGGUAGCAAAAUUGAGAAAAGCUUUGUUUUCCAAAAGCCCAUAAAGCUGCAUUCUGGAAUCAACCACAUCGCUAUUCUUGCCUUGACAGUUGGUUUUCCUGAUAGCGGGCCUUAUCUGGAACAUAGAAUGGCUGGAAUUCACUCUGUGGCCAUCCAAGGUCUUAACACUGGAACCCUGGAUCUCACUAGCAAUGGAUGGGGACAUCAGGUUGGUCUUUUGGGAGAGAAGCUCCAAAUUUAUAGCCAGGAAGGUUCUUCUAAAGUUCAAUGGACUCAACCUGUGGGCAACACAGCUCUUGUUUGGUAUAAGAGAUACUUCAGUACUCCACUAGGUAAUGAUCCUGUUGUCCUGGACAUGAAGACCAUGGCCAAAGGUCUUGCUUGGGUUAAUGGGGAAUGUAUUGGUAGAUAUUGGGUUUCCAACACCUCCCCUCUUGGCACAGCCACACAGACACUCUACCACAUACCUCGUGAAUUCAUGAAGCCAAAGGGUAACCUUCUGGUUGUGUUUGAGGAAUCUGGUGGCAACCCCGAUGGGAUUCAAAUAUUGACUGUAAAGAGGGAUGAGAUCUGCACCUAUGUCUCUGAAUACCAUCGUUCAUGGUCAAGGAGGAAAGGGAAGGUCCUCUCUAUUGCGGAGGGUGUGAAGCCAGAGGCACAACUAAGCUGCCCCAACCAAAAGAUCAUCAAAUCUAUCACCUUUGCCAGCUUCGGCAACCCCACUGGAGUUUGUGGGAACUUCACCGUUGGAAACUGCCAUGCUCCACAAACCCAGGCCAUUGUUGAGAAGAUCUGUUUGGGUAGGAAUUCAUGUGUGAUUUCGGUGAAGGGAGAGGACUAUUUAGCAGAUGAAGAUUGCCCAGGAACGACGGACACGCUUGCAGUUCAGUUCACAGAUUUUCCAUCUGCAGCACCUGUUAAACAAGCUCCAAGAAGAAUAAGAUUGGAGAUAAAAGAACAGUAUAUUGCCAAAACGAAGAAACUCAUAGAGGCAGGCUUCAUCCGAGAUGAAAAAGUAUGCUGA